UUCGCCACCUUCGAGAUCUUCGUGCACCUGCUGGCCCUGUUGGUGUUCUCCGUGCUGCUGGCUCUGCGCGUGGACGGCCUGGCCCCGGGCCUCUCCUGGUGGAACGUGUUCGUGCCCUUCUUUGCCGCUGAUGGGCUCAGCACCUACUUCACCACCAUCGUGUCGGUGCGCCUCUUCCAGGACGGAGAGAAGCGGCUGGCCGUGCUGCGCCUCUUCUGGGUCCUCACGGUCCUCAGCCUCAAGUUUGUCUUCGAGAUGCUGUUGUGUCAGAAGCUGGUGGAGCAGGCUCGGGAGCUCUGGUUCGGCCUGAUUACGUCCCCUGUCUUCAUUCUCCUGCAACUGCUCAUGAUCCGCGCCUGUCGGGUCAACUAGCCUGGCAGAGAGGCGGGAGAGAGGGCGCCAGACUGCCGGAAUGCUGGGCCUCCGGAGGAACAUCCUGGUCUAAAGGCAGUGCCUGCUUGUGCCAGCCGAGUGCCCAGUUUUCUCUGUAGUAAUCGUAUCUGGAAUUGUUUCCUCAGCCAGGCUGAGAAGAUCCUGGAUCCUUGAGAUGUAUGUCCUAUUAUUUCAUGCUUUCAGUAGCUCUUCCUGAAUUGAGAUCCCAAGAAGGGCCCAGGCCAGACAGUCCCACACUCUGAGCAUUGGAAAGUGCAUACAAGUAGAGUGUCCAGCUGGGUUCCAGGCAUUUCCCAUGGGUCCUAGGACAGCACUCUUGUGCAGAGGCUUCAAGGCUGGACCCAGGGGAUUUCCUAAGAGCUCAUCACUCCACCCAUCCAGAAAAGACUUUUUCAGGUAGCUGAGCUCAAAUGUGUGAGUGAGCUUGUAUCUCCUCGCCCGUGCUGGCAGGGAGAAGGGCCCUUCUUCAUUCCAGUCCAGGCAGAGACAGAAGACUCGAAUAAGAGCAGGAGUGGGCCCUGUCUGGGCAACCAUCACCCGAGAAAAGAACUCGCUGUCACGGCGCUGCUUGGCUUCCUAGCUCAGCAAGAUUGCGGUCUCGUGGACAUUUCCACCACUUUGUGGCUGGCACUGUUAGCAUACCUGAGACAGGUUGAGGCGUCCCUAAGGGGCCGAAGAGAAGGUUAGGUCCUCCAGUGCUCAGAGGCCUUGAGACCUACACAUGGGGAGCUUGUGGUAGCCCAGGUUUCUUGGCCUGAGGUCUUUGGUUUGAUGCCAGUCAAGUGCCAAAUGAGAUUUGCUGAGAUGAAAAUAAAAUAAGAAUGUUUUCCUGAAAUGAA